CCGUCCCGACGUGCUUUUGUUAUGAUUGGAAAUUCUAUAAACCGCUGAAGAGUAUUACUUAAUAUUUCUUUUAUUAUGGUUCCAUCGUUAUAUUCAAAUUAAAUAUAAUUGUGUGAAAAUUCCAUUGUAAACUCAUGCACUUAGUGAAAAAUGCCUGUAGAAAUAUUUUCAAAUACCGUAGAAAACUAUUAUCCACUGCUUUUCGGUGCACACCAAAGCAUUUUGGCACAUCUCAAAGCAGUCAAUUUCUGCGAAUACUGUUCUUCGGAACGGACAAUUUUUCGCUUCCCAGUUUGCAAAUAUUAAAUAAAAGCGUAAAACACUGUGGAACGGUCUCUUCGCUUGAAGUGGUAACAUCGUUUAAGGCCAAAAGAAACCCUCUGAAGCAGUAUGCCGAGGCGGAGAAUCUUCCACUGCAUGAUUGGCCCAUGGAAAAUCCAGCUACGAUUGCAAAGAACUUUGAUUUAGGUGUGGUCGUCUCUUUCGGGCAUCUAAUUCCAGAAAAUUUAAUAUCGUCAUUUCGAUUAGGAAUGUUGAACGUACACGCUAGUUUAUUGCCAAAGCUACGUGGAGCGGCCCCUAUCGUACAUGCUAUUAAGAAUGGUGACGUUGAAACUGGCGUUAGCAUUAUGAAGAUAAAACCUAAGCAUUUCGAUAUUGGAGAGAUCCUGAAGCAAGAGAAAGUUGUUAUAACGAAAGACAUGCUCAUGCCGGAACUCCACCAACAGUUAGCCAAUUUAGGCGCCACAGCGUUGUUGCACUGUGUAGACAAUCUAGAUUUUGUAUAUAGCAAUCAACUGAUUCAGGAUAACCAGAAGGCAACUUACGCUCCCAAAAUUGAUCCUCAAUUUGCGGAAGUUCGAUGGUCGGAAAUGGGCGCAAAACAAGUGUACGAUUUGUAUCGAUCGUUGUACUCCUACAAAGCGCUAACUACUCGCUUCUGCCACGGGGAACAAGUGAAAUUAUUUCGUUUACACUUCGACGAUAACGACGGCAGUCACGAUUGUCUGCCACCAGGACAUAUUCAGUAUUGUCGAAGGAAAAAACGGCUGCGAGUUUGUUGUAACGAUGGCCGAUUGGUGGAUGUUGAUCAACUUUCAAUAGGAGGAAAGAAAAUGAUGAACGCGCAAGAGUUCUAUAAUGGAUUCCUCAGCAAACUCACGGUAGAAGAGAGAAUGUUUCGAAGUCGAUAGUAGGCUGUGACGGUUUACCUGUUUGGAGAAAUGCAGAAAACGUGGUACUCGGGAGUGUGCCAUCUGAGCUAUUAAAUAAUAAAUCCAUACUGUAGUUAUUAUUUUCGUUUUUCGGA